CAGUGUUCCUCGGGUCGUUGAGCAGUAUUGACGCCGUUCGCUCGUGUACUGUCUCUAACUGACAGCUCCCUCCUUCAGCUGAUUUGUGUUGUCUUGUCAAUACUGACAUUGACUUCUAGGCUGCGAACUGUCAAUGUUUCGCGAGUGAUUGUGAAGGUGGAAUGUAUCUUUAAACAUAAUGUAGACUUAAGUGUGGUGGGAAAGUGAGUGUUUAGUGUAAUUUCAAUCCCGGUGCUCAAAUGUCAUAUCGUUCCUUUAUAAUUUAUCUCUAAACUAAUAUUAAUUUCGCUUUCAAAUUACGACGCAGUAACAACAUAACCUCAAAAUGCCCGCUGUGAUAUCCAAGUAUCUCGAAGAGACCGCUGUAAAAUAUAAUAUAAACAAACAAAACUGUAGCAAAGCCUUGGUUGCUGCUGCUGUUUUAAUGUACGGUUGUAAGAUUAGUUACCCCCUGGUGCAAAACCUAUAUAAUAGGACUAACAAAAUAAACUAUACCAAGUUUAGGUGUAGCCCCAAUGAAAGUAGUCAAAGUGGACAGUCUGAUUCAGAAGAUGAGAAGUUACCACCAACAAACAACAACCUUGCAGUACCAAAUGGUAAUGUUAAAAAUGGUGAAUAUGUCGACAACAAGAGAAAACCCAAGGUGCGACCAAUCGCUCCUGGAUUCAAUAAGGAAUUUAUAAUUCAGCUUUACAAGCUUAUUCGGCUAAUGAUUCCUGGUGUAUAUACCCGUGAAGUAGGAUUACUUAUCCUUCAUACGCUAGCUCUGGUAACUAGAACAUUUAUGUCCAUCUAUGUGGCAACCAUGGAGGGAAGAAUGGUUAAAUUCAUUGUGAAGAAAGAUGUGAAAAGUUUUUCAUUCAUGUUAUUGAAGUGGUUAGGUGUGGCUCUUCCAGCAACGUUUCUCAAUUCUACCAUCCGUUACCUGGAAAACAAACUGGCUUUGGCCUUUAGGACGAGACUUGUAAACCACUCGUAUUCCUUGUACUUCAAGGACCAGACAUACUACAGAGUGAGCAACCUGGAUGGUCGGAUAGAGAAUGCAGAUCAUCGUUUGACAGAGGACAUCUCAGCGUUCACCACGUCCGUCGCUCAUCUCUACUCUCACCUCACCAAGCCACUGUUUGACUGUGCGCUCAUCGGGUUUGCUCUCAUGAGGUCGAGCCGGGAAAUGGGAGCAGCCGUCGUACCUGGUCCUCUGUUGGCGUUUGUGGUGGUAUCACUGACUGGACAGGUGUUGCGAGUGUUAUCUCCCAAAUUCGGAGCUCUCGUUGCCGUGGAUGCUGAAAGAAGCGCCAACCUCCGAAACAUCCACGCUAGAGUCAUCACCAACGCUGAAGAGAUUGCGUUCUAUGGAGGUCACAAGGUAGAGAUGGGUAACCUGAGAUCUUCAUACAACUCUCUGGUCCGUCACAAGAACCGCAUCCUGGUCCAGAGGUUGUGGUACGUCGUACUAGAGCAGUUCCUCAUGAAGUAUGUUUGGAGUGGCACUGGCAUGAUCAUGAUCUCCCUACCUAUCGUCAUGAGCAGCCGAGAACUAAGUUCCAGUAGUACGGACGAGUCAUCCAACGUGAGUGAGCGUACGCAAUACUUGACAACGGCUCGUAAUCUCCUGGUGUCGGGGGCUGAUGCUGUAGAAAGGCUAAUGUCCUCGUACAAGGAGAUAGUAGAGCUGGCAGGAUACACGUCCAGAGUCAGUCAGAUGCUGGACGUGUUUGACCAGGUCAGUCGUGGUCAGUACCGCAAGACCACGGUCGCUGCCAAGUCUCUCCUGAGGUCAUCAUCACUACAGUACAUCAACGGACAAUUGCUGGUCAAAGGGGAAGUUUGUGACAGUCCUGAUGGCAGUAUAGAGUUACGAGAAGUUCCGAUUGUCACUCCCAACGGUGAUGUUGUCGUACCUAGUCUCAGCCUUAAGGUAACGCCUGGCUCCCACCUUCUGAUCACAGGUCCGAAUGGCUGUGGCAAGUCAUCUUUGUUCCGAGUGAUCAGCGGACUCUGGCCCGUCUACGCUGGCAAACUCAUCAGGCCGAUGAACUGCACAAUGUUCUACGUUCCCCAGAGACCCUACAUGACCCUGGGCAGUCUGAGGGAGCAAGUCAUCUACCCUGAGAGUUUGUCUGAGUGGAGCAACAAGGGAGUAUCUGACGCCAUGUUGGAGGCUUGCCUUGAAAAGGUCUCCCUUGCCCACCUGGUUGUGAGGGAGGGAGGUUGGGACGCCGUGGCUGACUGGAAAGAUGUCCUAUCUGGAGGGGAGAAGCAGAGGAUGGCGUUGGCUCGUCUCUUCUACCACAAGCCUGCGUUCGCUUUGCUUGAUGAGUGCACAAGUGCAGUCAGUAUAGAUGUCGAGUGCAACAUCUACCAGAUGGCUAAGGAUCUUGGAAUCACCUUGCUCACCAUCACCCAUCGACCCAGUCUAUGGAAAUUCCAUUCCCAAAUUUUAAAAUUCGACGGAGAUGGAAAGUGGUCUCUAUCUACACUCACAGAACAGGAAAAGGAUUCUGGGGUUCUCAGAGAAGGUCUAGUAAACAGCUGAAAUUAGAAAUCUCUACUAUUGCAAUCUUUACAGUCACUCCUUCUAUUUAUGAUCAAAACUGUAUACUCUUAUGACAAUUAUACUGUAAACAUUUACAAAAUAUGUUAGGUUUAGUAUGUAUUUAAAGAUCAAAUCUUUAAAGCAAAACA